CGCCCGGGUUGGAGCAGGAGAGCGGGGCGCGCAGCGCGCGAGCUCACAGGCAGCGGACAAGGAGAGCCGGGCCCGCACCGCACCCCCACACGCUGGAGGGGGAUAGCGGGGCGCGCACACCCCACCGGACGGGGAGCCGAGCGCACAGGCGCACACGGGAGACGCGCGCACACACAGACUCUCUCUCACACGCUGACUGACUUGCUGUCUUCCUCACACACACACACGCAGAGCUUUACUAUCUCUCUCCCGCUGUACUCCCUCCUCACUCAGCAUCCAAACAGCUUGCCGACAUCACCAGCCCAGGAUUUUUUCCCCCGGCCGCUGUCCGUCCAUCAGUAUCUGAGGGGGGAGGAGGAGCAGGGAGAAAAGAGGAAUAAGAAUAAGUGUAUUCAUAAUAAUAACAACAGCCCAAACCCGCCACCACAUCUGCGUUAGGGCAGCAGUAGCCUGUAGGUCUCCUCUCAGCUCAUCGCUUGCCUGGUAUCUCCGCGGAUCGGUUCGUUGGGUUAGACUUUAGUUCAAGUUGAAAAAAAAAAAUCUUCGCUGUUCAGCCAGGUCCAUCUCCACCUGCAGUCUCUCUGGUCUGGGGCUUUUUCCUUCCCUUCACAUGGUGGAUUUGGUGGAUCCGGAGCCAGAGCGUUGCGCGUGCUGGGGUUUCCUCUCUGCCUUUUUUUUCCCCCUCCCUUUCUUCUUCUCCCCUUUAAAUCUUGGUUUUGAACCUGAGCCUGGGAAAAUGGGAAACGGUGCAUCCGACAGAAGGGGAAUCUCUCCAUCACUGUUGUUGGGACGUGUGCCUGUGGUGCUAGUGGUUUAGAGAAAUAGCCUGACAGCUUUCGGAGUGGAAGAGCAACAGUGGAAGAGGCUGCAAUCUAAAGAGUUUUUUAAUUAACUUGGCAUCACUUUUGUCUGCUCACACUUGCAAACAGAAAGCGAAAAGACACUCACUGAUAAGAGAUAAGCAACUUCUCAAAGGUUAAAGCUGAAAACACUGAAGUUUUAUUUUUUGGAUAACAGAGGCCAAAUGACAUAGGAUGAAGGCUGUUCGUAAUUUGCUGAUUUAUAUAUUUUCCACCUAUCUACUGGUUAUGUUUGGAUUUAAUGCUGCCCAAGACUUCUGGUGUUCCACGCUGGUGAAGGGGGUCAUUUAUGGAUCAUAUUCUCUAAGUGAAAUGUUUCCUAAAAACUUUACAAACUGCACGUGGACGCUGGAAAAUCCAGAUCCGACCAAAUAUAGUAUUUACCUGAAAUUUUCCAAAAAGGACUUCAGCUGCUCCAACUUUUCUCUUUUGGCUUACCAGUUUGAUCAUUUUUCCCAUGAAAAAAUAAAGGAUCUUUUAAAAAAUAACCAUUCUAUAAUGCAGCUCUGCGAUUCCAAGAAUGCUUUUGUAUUUCUGCAAUAUGAUAAGAAUUUUGUUCAGAUACGCCGGGUCUAUCCCGUCAAUUUCCCAGGAUUACACAAAAAGGAAGAAGACCAAAAAUCCUUCUUUGAGUUUUUGGUGUUGAAUAAGGUGAGCCCGAGCCAGUUUGGUUGCCAUGUAUUAUGCACUUGGCUAGAGAACUGCCUGAAAUCCGAGAACGGGAGAACUGAGUCCUGUGGGAUCAUGUAUACAAAAUGUACCUGUCCUCAGCAUUUGGGAGAAUGGGGAAUAGACGACCAGUCCCUGGUGUUGCUCAGCAAUGUAGUGCUGCCUCUCAAUGAGCAGACGGAGGGGUGUCUGACCCAGGAGCUGCAAACUACCCAGGUGUGCAACCUUAGCAAAGAAGCUAAACGGCCGCCAAAAGAAGAAUUUGGAAUGAUGGGAGAUCAUACAAUUAAAAGUCAGCGACCUCGAUCUGUUCAUGAAAAAAGGGUCCCUCAGGAACAAGCUGAUGCUGCUAAAUUUAUGGCACAAACUGGUGAAUCUGGUGUUGAAGAGUGGGCCCAAUGGAGCACAUGUUCAGUUACUUGUGGUCAAGGGUCGCAGGUGCGAACCAGAACUUGUGUAUCACCUUACGGGACACACUGCAGCGGCCCUUUAAGAGAAUCAAGGGUUUGCAAUAACACUGCCCUCUGUCCAGUACAUGGAGUUUGGGAGGAGUGGUCACCUUGGAGUUUGUGUUCAUUCACAUGUGGUCGAGGCCAAAGAACAAGAACAAGGUCAUGUAUACCUCCCCAGUACGGGGGAAGAUCGUGUGACGGACCGGAAACACAACAUAAACCUUGCAAUAUUGCUCUCUGCCCCGUUGAUGGACAGUGGCAAGAGUGGAGUUCAUGGAGUCAGUGCUCAGUGACGUGUUCCAAUGGCACCCAGCAGAGAAGUCGACAGUGCACUGCGGCUGCUCAUGGAGGUUCUGAAUGCAGAGGUCCUUGGGCUGAAAGCAGGGAGUGCCAUAACCCAGAAUGUACAGCUAAUGGUCAGUGGAACCAAUGGGGUCACUGGAGUGGAUGUUCCAAGUCAUGUGAUGGUGGCUGGGAAAGGCGAAUAAGGAUUUGUCAAGGUGCAGCUGUGACUGGGCAACAGUGCGAAGGAACUGGUGAGGAGAUCAGACGAUGCAGUGAACAGAGGUGCCCUGCACCUUACGAAAUAUGUCCUGAAGAUUAUUUGAUGUCAAUGGUGUGGAAAAGAACCCCAGCUGGUGACAUGGCAUUCAAUCGAUGUCCUCUCAAUGCCACAGGCACCACUAGCAGACGCUGCUCUCUCACUGUUCAUGGAGUGGCCUUCUGGGAACAUCCAAGCUUUGCUCGAUGCAUAUCAAAUGAGUACAGACACUUGCAGCAUUCAAUUAAAGAGCAUCUUGCCAAAGGACAGAGGAUGCUGGCUGGUGAUGGAAUGUCCCAGGUGACCAAAACACUGUUGGAUUUAACUCAAAGGAAAAACUUUUAUGCAGGGGAUCUUCUGAUUUCUGUGGAAAUUCUCAGAAACGUGACAGACACAUUUAAAAGGGCAAGUUAUAUCCCUGCAUCUGAUGGUGUCCAGAACUUCUUUCAAAUAGUUAGUAAUCUGCUUGAUGAAGAGAACAAAGAGAAAUGGGAAGACGCACAGCAGAUCUAUCCAGGAUCAGUGGAGCUAAUGCAGGUGAUUGAAGAUUUUAUACACAUUGUUGGAAUGGGGAUGAUGGACUUUCAGAAUUCAUACCUUAUGACUGGAAAUGUAGUGGCUAGCAUUCAGAAGCUUCCUGCAGCAUCUGUUUUAACAGACAUCAAUUUCCCAAUGAAGGGAAGAAAAGGAAUGGUUGACUGGGCACGAAACUCAGAAGACAGAGUUGUCAUUCCAAAAAAUAUCUUCACUCCAAUGUCAUCAGAACUAGAUGAAUCCACUGUAUUUGUGCUUGGAGCAGUGCUGUACAAAAAUUUAGAACUUAUUUUGCCCACUUUAAGAAAUUUUACUGUUGUUAAUUCCAAAAUCAUUGUCGUCACUAUAAGGCCUGAACCCAAAACAGCGGAUUCAUUUCUAGAGAUAGAGUUAGCACAUCUGGCUAAUGGCACAUUGAAUCCCUAUUGUGUGCUGUGGGAUGAUUCGAGAAU